AUGAGUGGGCUGUCUGUCGUUCCAUACCCAGCACCGAGUCUAAAGCCGUCUAAGAAGCGAAAGAAGCGAUUGGGCCUAAGCGCUAGUGUUACCAAUGAAAGCCAAUCUGUAGGAAACGGCUGGGCAAAUGUCGACAUUGAGAAUAUGCAGAUUGAAGGGUUUCAAGAUGGCUGCGCUUUUGAGCUAGAAGAACUCACAGAUUAUCGCGUAGAGACGACUGAGGAUGGUGGUAAAGUUCUGGUUGGUGGUUAUAAGAGUCAAAAAGCUGGCCUUAAGAAAAAGCGCAAGAAAUUGAAAGUCAAGAGUCAACAGUCGGAAACGAAAGCAGCGGCUGAUAUUAACGGAGAGGAAUUGCCGCCCGAAAAGACAUUAAAACAACACGAGAAUCAAAACAGCGAUAUUAAAGAGUAUUCAAUAGAUAAAUUGAAGACAAGACGUGCAAAAAUGAAAAACGACGAAGUAAAGGUCAAUACCAUUGUGUUUAAGGACGUAAACUUGCCCAAGUGGAACAAGUACAAGCUGCACCCUUCGCUACUGCAGUCGCUACAGAGAAUUGGCUUUUCCACUCCAACACGCAUCCAGGAACGCACGUUGCUACCAGCUUUGAUUGACAACCGCGAUGUGGUAGGUGCGGCACCAACAGGAUCGGGUAAGACACUAGCGUUUGGACUCCCGAUUCUGAGUCAGCUUCUGCAAGAGCGCGAGCAACCAGGAUACACGAAGGACUGCAAGGCAUUGAUUUUGACUCCGACACGUGAACUUGCAAUCCAGAUCCAGCAGCAUCUGGAGCAAAUGGUGCAUAAUCAAGCUAUAGGCGUUGUCACGUUGGUGGGUGGUAUGGCCAUUCAGAAGCAGAAACGAGUUCUGUCGUACAGACCAGAGAUUGUGAUCGGGACGCCUGGUCGUCUUUGGGACAUUAUCAGCACCGAGCAUGAACACAUGAAGAAUUUGGCGACUUCGCUGCGCUUUUUGGUUGUAGAUGAGGCUGAUCGAAUGCUGCUGCCUGGCUCGUAUCCGGAACUAGAGAAGAUUUUCGGUAUAUUACGCCAAUCUAAAAAGUCUUCAAAUUCUCAACUAUCGAAUUUUUCUUACAAUGAAAAAUAUUCGGAAACUAAAGAAAAUGAGAAUGGAGAUAGCGAAGAAGAUGGUGAUAGUGGAGAUAUUGACAUGUCAAACUUUGCGAAAGGCACGAAAGUCGUAAUGCUUAAUGAUGUGCUCAAGAUGCAAAGUAAACAGCCAGGCGAUGGCGAAAACUCUGCCGAAAAAAAUGGGGGGAAAUGUGCAAAGAUAAAGAAUAAAUCAGUAGUAGCCCAGCGUCUUGUGCGCCAGACAUUUCUCUUUUCGGCCACGCUGACAAUCCCGGAAGGAGGCCGCUUUCAAAAGAACAAGGCCAAAAAGUGCCAUAACACUUUAACUGUUCUGGAACGAGUCAUGAAGCGCGUAGGGCUUCGUGGUAAACCAGCCAUUGUCGACCUCAGUAUCGCUGAGUCUGAAUUGAAUAUUCCUGAUGCAACGUCAAUUGAUUCAAGAGAUGCUCAGCGUACGCUUAAGAAACAGCAGGGAAAUGUGCCAUUGUCACUACCUGCUGGGCUUGAGCUUUGUCAGCAUGAAGUGUCUGAGUCCACCCGUGAUAGUUUCUUGUACUAUUUUCUGUCCCAAUAUCCUGGUCGCACCAUUAUUUUUCUGAAUGCCAUUCAUCAGGUUCGAAAGUUGUCUGGAUUACUGACUUUGUUGAAUCUCCCCGUCUUUGCUCUGCAUGCCGAAAUGCAGCAGCGGCAACGUUUGAAGAAAUUAGAUGGCUUUCGCUCUCACACGAAAGGUAUAUUAGUUGCGACUGAUGUUGCAGCACGUGGUCUUGAUAUUCCAAGCGUGGAGUACGUUGUUCACUAUCACAUUGCGCGAUCUACUGAGGUAUUCGUACAUCGUAGCGGCCGAACUGCCCGUGCGAACAUGGACGGUCUAAGUAUUUCGCUUGUAUCGCCCACCGAUGCCAAAUCUCACAGUCAGAUCUGCAAGAUGCUCCAGCGGCCCACGGGACUUUCCGAAUUCCCGUUUGACCACCGUUAUAUGGAGGCAAUCGAUGUCCGCAUGCGUCUUGCUAAGAGUAUCAACGAGCAGGAGGAUGCUGCUGGUAAACUUAAGUCAGAAGCCACUUGGUUUGAGCAAAUGGCUGCUGCUGCUGAUUUAGACAUGGAUGAAGACUUGCUGUUUGAACUGAAGGCCAAACAACGAAACCAGGAUGACAAGAAAAAGAAGUCAGCCAACCAAUCGGUACAGUCGCUGCGUGCACAGCUCAACCGUCUCCUUGCUGUGCCUCUUCGACCUGUAGGAUAUGCUCGAAAGUUUCGGCAGCUACACAAAGAAAUAGGGUCGAAGCUUACAGGAGACGGCGAGUACCGUGCUCGCGAUGCAAAUGAGGACCUAGCAUCCAAGAACAAGAAGGUGUACAAACAGUUUCGUCGAAGGAAUGAGGGGAGAGACAUCGAUUGA